AUGCCACCGAAGAGAAAGCGUUCUAGAGAAGGCGAUGCGCAUGACGAUCCAGCGCGCAACAAGCGUUUCGCGUACUUGAAGCCCCAAGUCCGGCAGGUUUCCGAGCGGACUAUCAAGUCGAAGUGGACAACGCUCCCUGAGCCCGUUCAAGACAAGAUUCGUGAUUUGUUUCGAGCGGUUGAACGACCGGUUAUCGUGCGGCAGCAGAAUGAGCGAAAACGCAUCGAAGCGCAGGCGGCUGUGCAGGCAGUUGUUAGGAAUCUCGGAAAGCGACUUCCUCGAAUGCCGUUUCCUCCUGUCACGAAGGAAUCGGUGUUUGACUAUGAAGCGGCGCUGAAUGAGCAUGUAUCUCUUGAAUCUAGCUUAGCAACUAUGACCGAUAGUAUUGAUCUCUUGAAGGCAGAAAUUGAGAGGGAAGAGGCCUUAUUGGCCAGAGAAUCAAAACAAUUGCAAGAGAUGGAAAAAAACGCAAAUCGAGCCGAAGCAGAAAGGAAACGGCAGAUGAAGAAUGAGCAUCCGGCACUACGGCAGCUCGACGAUAUCCCCAAGACUCAGGGCCAAGCGGCUCAUUUUACAAUUCUGGAACCAAAAGAUUCACAAUCAGGUUUUGACGAGCUGGAGAACGAUCCGGAAAUCUCAGGCUUGUUGAGACAAUUGAACGGGCAUCUGAAAUCGAUGCAGAACAAUGUCGCCCCUCUCACUGGCCUUAAGGAUGCGCUCACCCGAUCGGAAGCAGCCCUCAGUAGAUGGGCUGCAAUAAUCGCUCAUGCCCGAGGCACCACAUCCCGAAAGCAGGAACAGUUCCGCCACGGUGGUUCCCCCAGUGCGGAGGAGCCCGGGAAAAAAGACGGGCAGCCCGCCCGGCCAUCAGUAGUCAUCUCGGCGGGGAAAUCUGAGCAUAAGGCGAUCACAAUCGCUCGUCGUCGUUGCACCCCUCAGCUCGCAGCUAGGCAAAACCUGCUGUCUGCUCCUGCAAAUGCGUCUGAUUUAUCUUCCUCUAAAGUGAUCUUCGAUGUCUGCAGGUCGCCAUCGGAACUUGCUCUUUCGUGUUCCUACAACCAACAGCGACAUCAGCGAGCCGAACUUUGCGCAACCGCUUUGCGCCCGGCCAGAUCAAAGCGAUCGAUGACGGAGAACGGCGCCGCGCAGACGGGUACAGCCCCGGAUGGACAGCCGCGUAACGGUACAAUGGAGAAUGUCAAACUGAAUAUGGCGGAAGGCGACUCUUCCAGAAUGGAGUCGGGCUCAAAGAAUACUGCCUCACCACCGGUGAAAGCUGAUAAUAGCGCCGCGGGGACUCACUCUAGCCCCAAAAAGCGUCGCAAAGUUAAUCAUGCAUGCGUCUACUGUCGACGAUCGGAGCGGCCGUGCACGCGGUGUAUAAAGCGCAACAUAGGUCACUUGUGUCAUGACGAACCCAGGGAGCCUUCAAAGCGGGCGCGGAGCGAACACGAACAUUCAACUGCUGAAGAGGAGGGUCAUUCGAACAAUGAGUUUUCCAGUGUUCAAGGCAUGCCUCGAAACGUUGAUGUUCAAGAUUCUGCUGGCCAGCAAAUCCUUGCCGAUGGAACUAUCGCCCUUCCCCCUUCCUCUGUUAGUGCUGUGCAGCAUAACAGCAUCCCCUCCUCCUCUGCGCAAAACAGCAUAGGCCCCAACUCCCAACAGCUGCUGGGCUACAACGACUGGCUCGGAGGACAAAGCCAAUUCCAGGAUAUGCACACUUUCCACCCGUCGUACAUGUUCAAUGCGCCGGAAGUCACAAACGAAUACAACCUUCUGGGAGACUUUCUCAGCAGCAGCCUUCUAGAUGACGGGGGAAUCUUCCCAAAUGAUAAUCUACAGGGGAUAUACUCCGAUCCAACGUUGAUCAGUUCAAUGGCCAAUCUGGAUAAUACGGCCUUACUGCAGCAAGCUCAGCCCCCUCAGCCAACGCAAAGUCAACCGCCUCAGAACGAUUCCGUUCAAGGUCCAAGCUCCACGGUGGUGAACGAUAAGGCAAGAGAGACUUAUUAUAUGACUGCGGCGGAUCCUUCAGGUUCAGACCCACCGGAAGAGCGGAUGAACAAGCUUCUCAAGGCGAAAUACGAUGCUGGUCUUCUGAAACCUUUUAACUAUGUGAAAGGCUACGCUCGCUUGAACCAAUACAUGGAGAAGAACAUGAAGCAGUCAUCUCGCCAGAAGAUUCUGCGGCAGCUGGACAAAUUCCGACCCAAAUUUAGGGAGAGAAUGCAAAGCCUGACCGAUAUCGAACUCAUUCUUGUGGAGAUGUGGUUCGAACGAAGCCUGAUGGAAUAUGACCGUGUCUUUGCUAGUAUGGCGAUUCCCGCCUGCUGCUGGAGGCGAACGGGGGAGAUCUUCCGCGGCAACAAGGAGAUGGCAGAACUUAUUGGCGUGCCAAUAGAGAGUCUGCGAGAUGGCAAGCUGGCAAUCCACGAGAUCAUUGUUGAGGAUCAGCUCGUGAGCUACUGGGAGAAAUUCGGCGCUAUUGCGUUCGAUAACACUCAAAAGGCGAUGCUCACAAGCUGCACACUAAAGAAUCCGAAUUCGAGUAAUCCCGGGAAUGGGAUUCAGUGUUGCUUCUCUUUCACAAUUCGGAGGGACAAUCAUAAUAUUCCUUCGCUCAUUAUUGGCAACUUCCUACCGUCACAACGAAGAAGCAAAUGA